CAACUGAGUCAUGGGUCCGGUGGUUUCGCAGCCACACGUCCAGCCAAAGCUCAUUCCAGCACGUGCGGAGUAUCAGAGACGUCUGAGACCUCGAGCACCAUGGCGACGAAGCAGGCGUAUGUGUUCCCGACCCUGACGGAGAUCAAGCGGUCGCUGCCCAGCGAGUACUUCGAGGCCUCAGUGCCUCUGUCGCUCUACUACACUGUGCGUUGUCUCGUGAUCGCCGUGGCUCUUGCGUUCGGUCUCAACUACGCUCGCGGACUCCCCGUGGUCGAGAACUUGUGGGCUCUGGACGCCGCUCUCUGCACGGGCUACAUUUUGCUGCAGGGCAUCGUGUUUUGGGGCUUCUUCACGGUGGGCCACGACGCUGGCCACGGCGCCUUCUCGCGUUACCACUUGCUCAACUUCGUGGUGGGCACUUUCAUCCACUCGCUCAUCCUCACGCCCUUCGAGUCGUGGAAGCUCACGCACCGUCACCACCACAAGAACACGGGCAACAUCGACCGUGAUGAGAUCUUUUACCCGCAACGCAAGGCCGAUGACCACCCGUUGUCUCGCAAUCUCAUCCUGGCGCUCGGUGCCGCGUGGUUCGCCUACUUGAUCGAGGGUUUCCCGCCUCGUAAGGUCAACCACUUCAACCCGUUCGAGCCUCUGUUCGUGCGCCAGGUGUCGGCUGUGGUGAUCUCUCUCCUCGCCCACUUCUUCGUGGCGGGACUCUCCAUCUAUCUGAGCCUCCAGUUGGGCCUCAAGACUAUGGCAAUCUACUACUACGGGCCUAUCUUCGUGUUCGGUAGCAUGCUGGUGAUCACCACCUUCCUGCACCACAACGACGAGGAAACUCCGUGGUACGCAGACUCCGAGUGGACGUACGUCAAGGGAAACCUCUCGUCCGUGGACCGAUCCUACGGAGCGCUUAUUGACAACCUGAGCCACAACAUCGGCACGCACCAGAUCCACCACCUCUUCCCUAUCAUCCCGCACUACAAACUCAAGAAAGCCACUGCGGCCUUCCACCAGGCUUUCCCCGAGCUCGUGCGUAAGAGCGACGAGCCAAUCAUCACGGCUUUCUUCCGAGUCGGACGUCUCUACGCCAACUACGGCGUCGUGGACCCGGAGGCCAAGCUCUUCACGCUCAAGGAAGCCAAGGCGGCGAACGAGGCGGCGGUGAAGACCAAGUCUACCUAAGCGAAAGAUAUGGAGACAGGCUGUGACUGUAACUGGAAAUUCUGCACCUUUAGGGCACAUAUCAUCUACUGACCGAUGAUAUCUACCCAUCUGGCAAGACAUGCCAUUGUUGGAAUUUCUUCAUGUGUCUGUCGUCAAUGCUAUAGACUCUGGAGUCGGUGGUAAUGUAGCAGAAGCAGCAGUGAAAGAAGAGCAAGACGAGGCAAGGACGACAUAGCGCGUCUGUCUAGUUGUUGCCAGCGUGAGUGAAGAGCAAACUAUUCGCGCGGGCGACAAAAUCUACUACGGCCCCAAGCAUCUAUAGACAUUAAACACCCAACGCCACCACCUCUCUUCCCCUCUUUUCCUUGGGCCGCCAAGUACUUGUAUUCACUAGGUCCACGCAACCAACGCUCGCCUCCCCCCCCAUGUUCAAAAAGUUUUGCACAGUCACUG